AUGACCCACAGCUGUGGAGCCCACAGCCCUGCCCUCACUUCAGUCCUGCUGGCCUUGCUGCUGGGCGGCCCAGUGCUGGCCUCGGAGAUCGUGGGUGGCCGGCCAGCCCGGCCCCACGCGUGGCCCUUCAUGGUGUCUCUGCAGAGACGGGGAGGCCACUUCUGUGGCGCCACCCUCAUCGCCAGGAACUUCGUCAUGUCGGCGGCGCACUGUGUGAAUGGCCUGAACUUCCGGUCGGUGCAGGUGGUGCUGGGUGCCCACGAUCUGCGGCGGCGGGAGCCCUCCCGGCAGGUCUUCUCUGUCCAGCGGGUCUUUGAGAACGGCUUUGAUGCCACGCGCCUGCUGAACGACAUCGUGAUUCUCCAGCUCAAUGGGUCUGCCACCAUCGAUGACCACGUGCAGGUGGCCCAGCUGCCCGCCCAGGAUCGCGGUGUGGGCCACGGGACGCCCUGCCUGGCCAUGGGCUGGGGCAGGCUGGGCACGAACCGACGGACACCCAGCGUCCUACAGGAACUCAACGUGACGGUGGUGACCACCCUCUGCCGCCGGCGGGUCAACGUGUGCACGUUUGUGCCACGCCGGCAGGCCGGCAUCUGCUUCGGGGACUCUGGCGGCCCCCUGGUCUGCAACGGGCUGGUCCAGGGCAUCGACUCCUUCAUCCGAGGGGGCUGCGGCUCUGGGCUCUACCCCGAUGCCUUUGCCCCAGUGGCAAAAUUCGCCGACUGGAUCAACUCUGUCAUCCGCAGCCCCACGGACGGCCCGCUUUCCCACCCCAGGGACCCCGUGAGCAGGGCCAACUAA